AUGUCGGUGAUAGACAAACCAUCGUCGGCUAUGAAUCCACUCCGUGAAAAAGUGACAAGUGCCUGCGCCAAAAAAUUAUACAACGACAAGGUCUGCCGAUAACAUUAGACGAAAACUUUCAAAUAUUUCUUCAGGAUUGCAUUAAAAUUGCCGACUUUAUCACUCCACUUGUCGAGGACAUGGACUUGGAUUCAAAUCUAGAUAGAAAAUUGCACAAUAAACUGGAAAAAUAUGAACUGCGACUCAAUAAAGAGUAUCUGAGCGAGUUUGAAAAGGUGCGAGCAUUUAAAAGAUAACUGCAACACUGAUCUUGUCAAUUUUAGAUUAACAACAUUGUGCAAAAGUUCGAUGAGCUCUGCGUGAAGAUGAAUUCCACUUGCACGAAUCUGUCGAAGCAAAUGGAGACAGUCAAGCUGAAAAGUGUGGAUUUAGUGCAGAAGACGGCGAAUCUGAAAGAGAAGAAGGCGUCGAUUGAAAGCCGUUGCAACAUGAUAAACGAGUUCCUCGAGAAGCACUCUCUGACAGCGGAAGAGCUCAAAGAGCUGGAAGAAUGCGAACAAAGCGGUCAUUUGACAGAAUUCUUCUUCAAAGUUCUUGAAAGAUGUCACGAAAUUCGAGAGGAUUGCAGAGGAAUGGUUCAAGAACAGGGACAUCUCGCUGCUUUCGAAGUGAUGGAAAAGAUGCAAAAAAUUGACGAGCAGGGUCAUGCGAUCAUCUGCAACAAUCUGAAGCGAGAAUUCCAAAAUUUGACGGUCGAUGCUCAUCAGAAAAAGCAGAUUUUGUCCAAAGCAUUCAAGAUUAUACAACAGAAUGACGCCGUGUUCCAGCUAGCGAUUGGCAAGUCGUUUCUCUUGACAUUUCUUGAUUUUUCUUUCAUAUUCAGAUCAGUACAUUUCAUGUCGUUCGCAAGACCUGUUGAAUCAGUUCGUUGAAAUCAACAAGAUAGCAGUGCAAUUGCCAGAAGGGCUCGCUGAGCCGCUCAAAGCUGUUGGGGACAUGCUCACCUCGAUCCAUGAACUUACGGAGCAGGAGAAGCAGCUGUUCGCCUCGAUUUGCACGACUGGAAAUCUGCCGGCAGUUCUCGACGAGUGCUUAAAAUCACUCACCUCCCCAUUCAAGGUACGAACAUUUCAAAGAGCUUUCAAGAGAGAGAGAGUAGAAAAAAAUGUAUACAGAUCCGAGUGGAACAGUUGCUGUCUACUGAAAAAGACGCCAUCACCAUCUUCAAACUCGGAAAUAUCCUAAUCUUCUAUGCCGACAAGUUCGAAACGCUCAUUCGCAAAGACAGUCACUUCACAAUAGCGCUCUCGGAACUCGUGAAGACUGUCCGCCAAGUGUGUAUCGCCGGAAUCAAUCACCACGUGGACGCACUUAUGCGGAAAUGACGGCUCCGCACUACGACCUGCUCCCAGUUCCGGAAGUCCGUCAAUGUCUUUCGCUCUAUCAUGGUCUCAUUUCGAUCGCCAACAGAACAGGAGAUCUGAACUUGCUUCUGGAGCCCGAGAAGAUCUAUGAAUACGUGUUGGAGCCACUGAUUCAAACAGUUCAGCUGAGUGCAACCCGUCUGAAAUCGGACGUGGAUGUAUCGGUUUUCACAAUAAAUUGCCUGACAAUCAUUCGAAGUGCCAUAUCGGAGAUCACUGCGUUCAAGCGCAAGAUUGAAAUGAUCGAUGCAAUGAUUGAAGGAAAUUCAGAUGUUCUCGUGUCCGUUCAAGUUUCUGAGAUGCUCGAAAAGUCGGGAAUUCUGGAACUCUACCAGAAAUUCAACGCAGUUACUGCCGAAGAAACGGCAAGUUACUGUUACCAUCUACCCCGUCUAAACAUCUUCAUUUAUUCAGAAGCCCCUCUCUACUCUCCCAGGCUUGGAAUCGACGACCGUUGCAGACGCUCUCGUGAAAUUCACCCAAUUCCUGCAUGUUCAUUCCGCCUCUGAUCAUAACGACGAUCUGGUGCAACAGAUUUUGGCUUCAGAAGAGCGGUAACUAUUGUUUAUCUGUGACUUCUUGAAUUCAAGUUUUCAGGCAGAAGAUUCGCGAACGCAACACGUUGGAAUUCAUCAAAGUUUACAAACUCAUUGUGGAUCAUCUGCAGAAUCCUGAAAACAAAUAUGAAAACCUGCACUACCUCCCUUCUGAAAACGUGGAAAGUCUUCUCAAGUUCGAGAAGGAAUCCCACUCCUCCACUGCCUAA